UGCAUACAAGUGUCGACUACACAAAAUGUGCGUUCACCAUUAAUUUGAAAACAGUCAUCCAAAGACAUUUAGAUAGUAAACUUGCAAAGAAAUAUUUUCACGAAAAUAUUAAUAAAGUAAAGUCACGGGUCUCGAACAAUUUGGAGAUGUCUCCGAAAAUGAAGUAUUUGGGCAAGAUUAAGCUCACCGUUCUCCAAAUAUUUCUCACAACGUUCGUGCUUUGCAUCACCUUUGGAAUCGUGACCCUAUUCGUAGCUGAAUUCUGGAUUUGCAUGUUGCACGAAUUUGGUGGGUAUUACACAACUGCAUGGUGGAACGGCGCUUUAUCGAUACUUGGGGUUUCGGUCGUGCUUGGACUAGUGGCCUUACUGGGGGCGUAUCUGGUCAUAAAAUUAGUUCCGGACGAAGAAAUACACGAAGCUGUGAACACUGUUAAUUCGAAACGGGAUGCGGUCGUAUCGAAUCGUGACCUCAGCGCAUCGGGAUAAUUGUUGAAAUUUUACUUUGCUAAGUAUCUACAUAUGCAUUUAUUUAGCUGCUCACAAGUAAAUAUAUAAUUAUUAACCUAUAUAAAUACAUCACUACAAUUUGAGUGCAAAUGUUAAUGUAUGUACAUCAUUCAGAAAUCUAAUAAUGCGAUUUUUUUUAUAAAUUUGUACUAUCCAUGGCAAUUAACUGUUAUUUAAGUAUGUUGGUCUGUCCAUUUUGUCUGGAUUCCGCAUUGUAUAAUAAAUUUGCUCAAAAUCAGAA